AUGGCAUAUAGGCGACAUUUCCCCGGUGACGCGGGCUCGUGUAAGCUGUCGACGGAUGAUGGUGAAGAGGGAAGUUCUCCAAGCAUGAAUUAUGCACAAUUCAGCGAGAGAACCAAGCCGUGUCACAGCAUCACAGCCGCAAGAUACCUGAUAGUCCAGAGCAAAGUAUUAUCAGUAUUCAACAAAAGAAGAUUACAACCCGGUGAACUAUACGAACUGAACAAAUUGGUCAAAGUUGCAAUCAAAUCUGAAAUCGGGUCAUUUAUAUCGGAAUAUUAUAAGAAAAAUCUGUUACAACGAGGAAUGAAAAGUCUUUAUGACUCACUCGAUAACGAUGGAGGUCAAGGCUUACUUUCCAGUCUAGCCGAGCUUUGGAACUACUUCUUCACGGAGAUACUGCCAACGUUGAGGGCGAUAUUCUACCCAGUCCAGACCAAAGGCCAUACGAUGUAUCAGCUUUCAUUACUUGGAUUCCGUGAUCACGUGGUACUACAACUGCCAUUAAAAAAGGCAUUAUCGUCGUGCAACGAGAGUGAGAUCCCGCCCGAGAUCACCCAGAUGUUGCUCAACCUCCACGCGGUCCACGACGGCGGGACUUACGCCACCACACCGUCAGAAGAAUACGUUCAACUCGAGGCCAUACUCGCAAAGGUCGUCUGUCCGUUCCUCGGCUCAAAGGGGUUGUACCUACGGAUGGGCGAGGACGACCCCGCCGUUCCCGCCCGCGACCCCAAUGCCAAAGAAGAUGGUCAGGGAACACCGGGGAGUAAUAGCAGCGGAACACAAGGGCGUAAAUACGACCGACAACGAUCCCUGCAGAGGCUUAGCCUCCAAAUACAGCCGUCCAACAUGGAUUACCUCGCGAACACGUCGGGUGGGUCCACGCCUUCAUCGCCGUCGUCCCACGCACGUGAGAAUGUGGCUGCCAGGAGACUACAGAUGACUCAUCAGAGGAGGGGUAGCGCCCUCGUUCUCAGUUCGCUGGAGACGCUGGAAGAAGUCGACCGCUCGGGUUUUGUCGGAUCUUGUCGGGAGAGGAGACGGUCGAAAUCGGAAAUCGAGUUUGACGGGAGGAGAUAACGGCAGUGUACAUUCAAAGUUAUUUUCUUCCAUGUACGAUUAUAAGAGCACUGCUAUAAAAGCUUCCUGUUGAACGUAGAUUGUCAGAGGUAUACCUUAUCCGAGACCAAGCAGCGGAUAUACAAAUAUUUAUAACGUUACCUUUUGUCAAAAUUGGACCAAACUUGUUAAAAGUGUGAUCAUGAAAUAUGAACAAUUCUGAUAUCUCUCUCUCUCCCUCUGUUAACCUCUCCUUAACUCAUUACACCGAACAUUUACUAAUUAUUAUUACUAACAAAGUGAUUGCAAAGUGUUACGAUUCCUUUCUCCUAAUUUGGCUACCCUUUCAGAAAUAUAUUAUCACAAAGCUAAUGGCAUUUGGGUUAAUGAUAACAUGCAGAUCAUUGAUUUAGAGGGUUUUCUUUUGCUUGGAUACUGGUGUGCAUUCCCUGAUACUAGUUUGUCUGUCUAUCGAUUGUAUACGCAAUAUCAUUUGCAAUGGAUGUAUUCUUGCAUAUGGCUAAUUAUAAAGGGAAAAUAUGGGGCUAUCUGUAAUCGUUACAUUUUGGGCUCUCUUUGCAAUAAAUCGUGCACAAACAGCACAUUCUGCACCUCUACAUCUCUGUUUUUAGGUCUACUUUAGGAUUAAAACAAACUCAAACCUAGACAAGUAUUAUGAUGAACAGCGUCCUCUGUCGUCCUUUUUGUUAUACUUUUUUGGGGGUUUCUUUUCGUAUGCCAUGAUAGUGAUAUUUUUGUAGGUCUCACUAAAACAGUAUGUUAAUCUUUCGCGGUUUCGAGAAGGUGUUUCCAAAUCAAAUGUGUAUUCUUGAAGAAAAAAAAUAAUGGUAGUUUAGGCUCCUCACUUGUGUAAGCUUUAUAUAGAAAUCCAACUUUCACGAAAAAGGUGAGCGACCCAAAGUGUCAUGACACUCAGCUGCUGGUAUUAUGUCUACGAGAAAGUAAUCGCAAUAUUGUCGGCAGUCUUUUAAAAUCAAUUUAGUAGAAAUAAAUAUCUCCAUGCGAUGCCAAUGAUUGUAUUUCUUUCAUAAUUCUCCCUUAUAUAAUAUAUUAUAAAGAUAUAGUUCUUAUUCCUGGGUUUCAUUUCCCAAAACAUGUCAUCAGUAACAGAUGACAGUUUUUGUUAUAACUAUAAGCUAGUGCAAUCCUUGUUUCUGAUUUUUGUCAUUUUCAUGGAACCAAAUGCUUUGUGAAACGAGUCCCAGGUACAAUGUUUAGUUAAAAUCCAUUUUCAUAUGUUUUUCGCAAAUAUCGCGAUAAAUUGGGAAUCGAACAAAGUAGACAAAUAUAAAUUUGUAUUUUAGCACCGUGGUUAGGUUGUUCAUUUUCAUUGUUUGACGAUUAUGUAAUCAAAUCUUUCUGAUGGUAAUGUACUUUGUCAAAAUAUUCGCUGAAAAAAAUGCUAUAUUUCUUGAACCGUCAUAUAACUUGCAAACCUGUAUAAGCGACCACCUCUCUAUCGUAGUAAAACUGAUACAAAACAAAAACAUUUUUUUGUUUCUAACUUGGUAAGACACCAAUCCUUCAAUAUAAUAUGAUGUUUAGUUAUUUCCUUCAAUUUUCUUUGCUUUACUAGGGAUAAUUAUGUUCCUCUUGGUGUCUGGCAAGGUCGGCAGUGCCGAAGGCUCUAUCAUAUCGUUUCAUAUAAGCCAGAAGGGCACCUUUUUCAAUUACUUUGACUUAGAGGUAACACCCCUCUAGCACCUAGCAGACGAUAUCUAUAAAAAGAUGACUGUGUGUGAGUUAUCCAAAAUAUGAUGAACAAAAAAAUAAUUUGUUAUUUGUAUUGGAGGAGAAGAGGAAUAUCAUUAUGUUACAUUCAAGUACAUGUAGAUGUAUUAUUAUACCAUGCAUUGGGGAUAUUCAUGCUCUAUAUAGAUUAGGCCUAAAAUGAAAUCCAUAUUUUUGUGUCUCUAACAUGAGAUUUAAAACUGUAACAUCCAGUUGAAUAUGCAAACUUUAACUCGUCUCAAUGGAUU